AUGAAGAUAACAGGUGAUGAAGUGUCCGUGUUCAUUGAUUCCUAUAAUGAGACAAUACCUUAUCCUCGCAAGGUCGCUCGAAAGUCGCACAAGAUCUUCCGAAAGUCUUCUCGAAGGCGAUUCGAGAGCGUCGAUCGCACCUGGGGUCUCCCGCUCCAGGGAAUUGCCACUUGGGCAUUGGGAAAGAACUUGUGCGUGAACUUCGACACCAUGAGGGAAAAACAUGGGGACAUCUUCACGGUCGGCUUACUUCACAAGAAUCUCGUGGUUCUGAGCAACUGGGAACUCGUGCGAGACAUCUUCGAACGAAAUGAAAUUUCUGGUCGACCAGAGGGCAUCAUCAGUCGAAAACUCGCUUUCGGAAGAAUGGGUAUCGCAGCAGCGGAGGGAAGUUUUUGGCAAGACAACCGACGUUUCACCGUGCGGAUUUUGAAGGAUUUUGGCUUCGGGAAAAGAGAAGUCAUGAAUUCCAUGAUACAAGACGCCGCCCUCACUCUCUGCCGAUUCCUCGGAGAAAAUCAGCACAAGCCACAAGAUCUUGGUCCCCGCCUCAAUCUUGCAAUCAUCAAUAUCAUCUGGAGAAUGAUUGCAGAUAAGCAAUUGUCUCAUGACGAUGCCAAGAUGCAGGACAUCAUGAUCAAAAUCGAGGAAGUAUUCAACGAUGCUAACCACCUUCGCUUCUUCGAUUUGUUCCCCUUCUUGGUAUACCUUUGGCCGCCAGCACUUCGAGCCUGUCGACGCAUGGAUCGGAGCGUGACAACCCUAUCGAAAAUAUUUUCGGAGGAGAUAAAAGAUCACAAGAAAAACCUUUCACUUUCCGAGGAUCCCAAGGAUUUCAUUGAUGCCUACCUCACGGAAAUGGCACGACAGAAGGCUCGAGGAGAGAUCAAUCCCAAUUUCUCAGAAUUCGAAUUGCAAGUAAUCAUCUCGGAUCUGUUCAUCGCCGGGAGCGAGACAACAACAAACACCAUUCGUUGGUGCGUCCUGUUUCUCCUCUGCCACCCCGAAAUUCAGGAGAAACUCCAGGCUGAAGUUGACUCCGUUGUAGGGCCCGACAGACUUCCUUCGCUGGAUGACCGAGACAGAAUGCAGUAUACUCAAGCCUUCAUGAUGGAAGUGCUGCGACUAGGAGUCAUGCUCCCUGUGGGCGCGCCUCACGCGGCCACCGAGGACACAGAAGUAGCUGGAUUUCUUUUCCCCAAGGGGACAAUUGUUUUCGCAAACGUCUGGGCGUGUCACAUGGAUCCGAAGUUCUGGCCCGAUCCAGGGAAGUUUGAUCCGGGAAGAUUCCUCAAUCCAGAUGGAACCCUGAAGACCAAAGUCCCUAGCUACUUUCCAUUUUCUCUCGGGAAGCGCCAAUGUCCGGGCGAGUCAGUGGCUCUCAUGGAAAUCUUCUUGUUCAUGGCCAUCUUCAUGCAGAAAUUCACAUUUCGCACCACUAUAGGACUUCCUCAUCCCAAACCCGAGAGUGUCCCGAGCUUACCCUUGAAUCAUCCUCAACCCUUCCAAUUCCUCGUGGGCGAGAGGAAGCUUUGGAACAAGAGCGAUUCAUUGUUCAUCGUUCCUGAUCCCCCAACUAGUAACUGGUAG